CUUCGUCUUCCUCCUCUGCUGCAUGCAGCCGUCACAACUAUAAGAGCUGCUGUCCUCAUUCAGCGAUGGUACCGUCAGUAUGUAGCCCGCACAGAGAUGAGACGGAGAUACACCUGGCACAUCUUCCAGUCCAUCGAAUACUCUGGAGAACAGGCUCAGAUAAAGCUUUAUAAUUUCCUCGGCUACCUCAUGGACAAUUUCACACCAUCAAGCAAUGAACGAAAUCUGAUCUCGCACAUCUUCCGAGAGAACGAGGUUUGUCAGGACGCAGAGUGGGAGAGGUACUUCUGCUACAAGAACAUUGAGGUGCCAGAGAUUUACUCAGGACCUCACCUCACCUUCCCUCUGACGGUGGAGCAGGCAGUCGAGUUGGUGGAGGCCUUCAGGAACAAGAAACAGCUGCACUCACGCUACGUCCUGCAGCUCCUGCUGGAAACAUGGAGACAGCUCCGGAUGUUGCCAAAUAUCAGCCGCAUCUCCACCUGCCAAAGCAAAGAAAUCACUAUUUGUGGUGAUUUGCACGGGCAACUGGAAGAUCUGUUGCUGAUUUUCUACAAGAAUGGCAUGCCUUCCUUAGAGAAGCCCUAUGUGUUUAACGGAGACUUUGUAGACCGAGGCAAAGACUCCAUUGAGAUCCUCAUCAUUCUGUUUUCAUUCCUGCUCGUCUACCCGAGUGAAGUCCACCUCAACAGAGGAAACCAUGAGGACCAUAUAGUUAACCUCAGGUACGGCUUCACAAAAGAGGUGUUGACUAAAUACAAGAUGCACGGCAAACGGAUCCUGAAACUGCUGCAGAAGAUUUUCAGCUGGUUGCCAUUAGCAACGGUGAUUGACCAGAAGGUGCUGGUACUCCACGGAGGGAUCUCCGACAUCACAGACCUCAGCAUCCUCGCCCGAUUGGACAGACACAAUUAUGUUUCAGCGCUGAGGCCUCCAAAGAAGAGACACCAGAGCUUAGCGGGGGCGUCCAUUGACUCGGACUUCGAUGAGGACGUCUCCACCCACAAGGUCUUACAGCGUCGGAUCUCCCUUACAUAUCCCAAACCCCUGGGAACCCGCGAAAGCUUCCAGAACCGCUCCCUGCAGGACUUCUCCAACAGGAUCAAAGGGAAGGCCGUGGAUGAGAUAGAGAUCCACAAGAGGAGGCUGGCCAUUUUAAACGUGGGGACUAACAGAUCAGAGGAGAUGACUCAGUCUGUGUCUUCUGACUCCAUCAACAGUGACAAUUCCAAGGAUGAGUGGAAACAGAUCCUGGACCUGCUGUGGAGCGACCCGAUGAUCCAGGAUGGCUGCACACCCAACGAGGUGCGGGGCGGAGGCUGCUACUGGGGCCCCGAUGUCACAGAGGACUUCCUGAACAGACACAACCUGCAACUCAUCAUCCGCUCCCACGAGUGCAAACAGGACGGUUAUGAGUUCUGCCACAACCGUAAGGUUCUCACUCUAUUUUCUGCCUCCAAUUACUACGAUGUGGGAAGCAACAGAGGGGCCUAUGUGAGGCUGGGUCCAGACCUUGUGCCUUAUUUGGUUCAGUACCAGGCCAGCAGCAUGACCAGAGAGCUCACCGUAAGACAAAGUGUUGGGCGAACCGAGCGCUCAGCACUCAAAGUCCUGCGGGAGCAGCUGUUUGCGCACAAAUCUGACCUCAUCUGUGCCUUCAAAACGUUCGACAUUGAGAACACAGGUCUUGUGUCUCUGAACGACUGGGCCUCUGCAGUGGAGAGUGUGAUGUACCUCGGUGUGCCCUGGAGGAUGCUGCGCGGUCAGCUGGUCACCUCCAAGAGCACCGACGGCAUGAUCAACUACCUAGAGUGGUUUAACGAGCUCGCCAUCAAAGGACCCAACACGGACCACAUUGACCAGAGUCUGCUUGAGACUUUGUACCGCCACCGCUCCACGGUGGAGACCAUCUUCAGAAUCGUAGACACAGACAACUCAGGCUUCAUCACCAUCGAGGACUUCCGGCAGACCUGGAAGCUGCUGAGCGUCUACCUGAAGAUGGAGAUCACGGACGAGGCCAUCUCCGACCUGGCCGUCACCAUCGACAGCAACCAGGACGGCAGCAUCGACAUCGACGAGUUCAUGGAGGCCUUUCGCCUUACGGACAAGAAGAGCCGACUGGAGCGAGGACGCAGCAUGUUCAUGGGCACGGUCACUGACCUCACCAAGCUGGAAGAAGACCCCAACAUUUGAACAGGGAUAGAGAAAGAGAGACUGAAAACAGAGAGCAACCUCAGCUCAGACUCCUGGUCAGGCAGACAGGCGGCAGAGGGGAGGGCGGGGUGACGCAGCCAAUGCAAGCUGCUUUAAUGACGCACAUUAAGACGUAGGAUGCUGCUGAGCAACAGCAGCGUGGAUCACAGGGGAUUAGGAAGAGGUUAGAGUUCAGGGUAUUUGACUGCAAAUGUUCAUUUUGCAUUUUAUCCACUAAGGCAGAGUAGGUGAAACACAGCUGCACGGACAAACGUUUUGUCUCGUAUUAAAUUAGAAUA